AUGCCCACGCCACUGGGGCCCAAUCUUAUGAGGGUUUUAUAGGAUGCAGCACCUGCGGCUUUCGUCCCCAGAUUCAGGCCGAAUGGAUGGGGGUGCAGCAGCAAAAAAAAAAAGUGGAGACAGAAGGGGAAACUCCGACGAGAAAGAAGAUAGGGCGAUACAUACGUUCGUCCAGCCCCUGUUCAUGGUUGUUGGGGUCCUGAAAAGGGAGGGUCGUAUAGGGGGUCAGACUCCAGAAGUCCCAUUUUCGAGACGCAUACGCAUCACCGAUGACGUACAUAACAUCCAUCCCCAGACCUUUCUGCCCUACGAGGACACCUGUGUGCUUGACCUGUUCCUAGCUAUACAGAGGACACCUGUAUACCUGAACAACCUGCACCCUUGAGCACAUCGAUGGUUAUUUAUACAGAGGGUGGAAAUCGCGGUCGAUCGGCAUUACGAAACGUUUGUGAAUGCUACCAGCAGAGGAAACGGAGGUAGAUUGGAUUCGAAAGCGAAAGAUGUUGAAACCGUAGGGGUGUAAAGGUCCGUUUCGAUGACGCAUACCUGCGCAUGGCUCUAUUCGCUAUCCUCUCGUAUUUCUUUUCAUGCUUUCACCGUUUUCUAAGUUUACCUUUCAGAAGCUGACAUGUGCGAACAUACAUAACCGUUCAAAACUUCUAGG